UCGAAGCGAUUGCCGUUGUGCUCUUUAAAAGCGUCCAGCAUCGACGUCAACCGCAUCAGUUUGUAAUAGUGACUCUAAGUGAGCACAGUGGUAAGUAGAAAGAAAGCAAAAGGAAAAUCAAUAAAUCGACAAUGUCUCUAGAACGUGCAGUGAAAGCUAAGAUCGCCGGAAAGCGUGAUCCAGUGAAAGACAAAGAGGCCCAAGAAUGGAUUGAAGCUAUUCUUGGUCUCGCCUUCCCAGGUGGUGAAAGCUACGAGGAUGUGCUUAAGGAUGGCCAAGUCCUUUGCAGAUUGAUCAAUAAAAUUAAGCCAGGAUCAGUAGCCAAAAUUAACGAAUCCGGUGGUCAAUUCAAGAUGAUGGAAAAUAUCAACAACUUCCAGAAAGCCCUCAAAUCAUAUGGUGUACCUGAUCAAGACGUUUUCCAAACCGUCGAUCUGUACGAAAAGAAGGAUAUUUCACAAGUGACAAACACAUUGUUCGCUCUCGGCCGUGCAACAUGGAAGGAUGAAUCGUUCCCUGGACCAAAUCUAGGACCGAAACCAGCUGAUGAAUGCAAACGUGAAUUCACAGACGAACAAUUAGCUGCUGGUCAAACAAUUAUUGGAUUGCAAGCUGGCCAAAAUAAAGGUGCCACUCAAGCUGGUUCAAAUAUGGGCGCUGGUCGCAAAAUUUUGCUCGGAAAGUAAAUUGUUGUGAAUCGACAAAUUUUGUUAAGUCAACCAUCCAAAGUUAUUAUUAUUGUUAAAGAUGAAUACAACGCGCAUACACAAUAGUAUGAUGUCAAGGGAAAUACUUUUUUUUAUUGUAUCAAAUUCUGUGUAAAUAUUCUACGAUAAAGAGAGAAAAAAUUGUAAACGUCUAAUUUUAAUCGAAACAUUUUUUUAUUAAAUUGAAAAUUUUACCUAAAAACUGAA